UCCUUAACCUUUAUUGUGUUCUGUGUAAGGAUGUCCUGAAAUUAAUUUGAUAUUUAAUUUAAGAAAUACGGUAUUAGCCUACUCAUGGAGUCGCAGUUGACGAAUAGGCACAUAUAAGGUAGGCUAGAUACGUUUUUGUACAGUUGUUGGCCGCAGGGAGUAAUCUGUCUAAACGAGGUGUUCUGGCUUGGAUGGAGUAGACGGCGCCAGUCUCAAGAGGAAGCGGGUGUUUGGCACAGUGCGCUCUGGAGAUUUCCAACGAUAUUUUCAAAGCAGAAAACGUAAUCUUGUCGACAGAAUGGAACGCAUUAACUCCUCUGUAUUAGAUUCAUCUACUGGUAAAAGAGUUAAUGACUUUUUAGAAAAGUAUCCGGACGCUGGAAGCGACCAUGCAACGGACUGUAAGGAGACGAUGGUUUGCUUCCCCACCGGUAUGAGUAGUUUCGCAAAUGUGGCAACUUUAUGCACAGAGCCUGAGUCAAUCAGCGACAGCGUCGCCCUCAAAGGCAUGUCAGACAAAGUGUUUAACAAAAAGUACAGCGAUCGUGCGGAUGACUAUAUUAAAUCCGAGCACGACCCGUGGAUUCCCACCGGGGAAUUUCAGAUGAAGCAGUCGGUGUCUCCUGAAAGUUCGCAAAGCUCAUCUGCGUCAAUUGCAUCACAGGGAGAUACGUCUAAGUUUAUUAAAGAUGAGAGAGAACCGUCCCUCAUAAUGGAUCCCGAUUUUGGUCUGACAUCGAACGUGUCUGCCAUGAACAGUUGUUACAAUGGCAAGAAACAGCAAUUCGACUUUAUGGUCGAAGUGCCAUCGUUCCCAAGCCACAGUACUGGCCAACAGGCAUCUCAGCAGCAUCUGUUCAUGUGCAAGAACGAAAUGUCCAGAUGGCCGCUUCAAUCCUCAACUGCGGACAGUCAAGUUUGGUGCCAGCCCAUGGGAAUGACCGAAGAGCAGCACCAUCAGUCGGCCUAUUCCUCAGCUGAUGGGAUCAACACAGGUUUUCUUCAGAGGUCCUCGAACACCUACUCCACAUAUUCUGGGAUGCCUCCUCAAAGAGCGUGUGUCAUCUGUGGAGAUGAGGCCUCCGGUUGUCACUAUGGGGUUGUCACAUGCGGAAGCUGCAAAGUAUUUUUCAAAAGGGCAGUUGAAGGCCAUCAUAACUAUCUUUGUGCUGGGAGAAAUGACUGCAUCGUGGAUAAGAUUAGAAGAAAAAAUUGCCCCGCAUGUCGUCUCAGGAAGUGCUACCAAGCUGGCAUGAUGUUGGGAGGACGGAAGCUGAAGCGAUUUGGGGCCAUGAAGGCUAUGGGGCUGCCCUCGUCCCUGAUGUUCCAUUCACCCCUGACUAUCACAGGGGACGGCCAGACCAUGACCACCUUACCCUGCAUGCCCAGCUUAAGAGAGCUCCAGCUCUCCCCACAGAUCAUCAGUAUAUUAGACAGCAUUGAGCCAGAGGUGGUUUAUUCUGGCUAUGACAACGCCCAGCCUGAUAUGCCUAACCAGCUGCUUAACUGCCUGAAUCGGCUUUGUGAGAGGCAGCUUUUGUGGAUUGUCAGAUGGUCAAAGUCACUCCCAGGAUUUCGUAGUCUGCAUAUUAGUGACCAGAUGACACUGAUCCAGUAUUCUUGGAUGAACCUGAUGGUGUUUUCUCUGGGCUGGAGGACUUUUCAAAAUGUUUCCAGUGAAUACUUAUACUUUGCCCCUGAUCUCAUUCUCAACCAAGAGCGGAUGAGAAAGUCACCAAUCUAUGACCUGUGCCUGGCAAUGCAGGUCAUCCCACAAGAGUUUGCUAAUCUUCAGGUGACCAGGGAAGAAUUUCUGUGCAUGAAAGCCCUGAUGCUUCUCAACACUGUGCCACUAGAGGGUCUAAAAAGCCAAAACCAGUUUGAUGAAAUGAGACAGAACUACAUCCGUGAGCUGACCAAAGCCAUCCACAUCAAGGAGAAAGGGUUGGUCGCCAGCUCUCAGCGCUUCUAUCAACUAACCAAAGUCAUGGAUGCCAUGCAUGAGAUUGUGAAGAAGGUCAACCUGUACUGCCUGAGCACCUUCAUCCAGGCGGACGCCAUGAAGGUGGAGUUUCCAGAGAUGAUGUCAGAGGUGAUUGCCUCACAGCUUCCAAAAGUUUUGGCAGGUAUGGUGAAGCCUCUUUUGUUUCACAACAAGUGAUGCUUCCUGAAGACUGAGUGAGGAUGACCCACAAUAUCUUACCUAAGAAGAUAUCCUUGGACUUUUUAACAACCUUAAUGGCAGUAUGGUGUGCGUGCCCUAAGGUGUUUUUUUUUUUUUUUUUUUUAAAUAUAUAUAUAUAUACUAUGUAUGAUGCCUCGUGUUAGCAGUAAAUGACAUGGCUGAAGUUACUAUUGUUUGAUCAGUAGUCUGUGACAGAUGUAAUAUUUUUAUGGCCAGAUCUGCACUAGUUUGAUUUAUUUUUUUGUUACAGUGAGAGAAGGUAGAUAGAGAUGAGAAGCACUUCUGGCAGUUCAUCAGAAAAUGUGAACCACUUUAGGGAUUUGCCAAUGUGGUGUCUUUGGGUGGGCAGGGCCAAAUGGGGUGGGGAGAGGACAUGGAACAGGGUAUAAGUGUCAAUAUUUUACAUUACAUUUUUAUCGUCAUUGUAAUUAUUACAGAAUAUUUGGCAACACUUUCCAUUACACAGCCCAUGUUACAGUAUAUUUGAUUGGAUGGCAACCAGCAGAUUGCUACUUUGCAAUGGUGUAAGGUUAAAAUUAGGACUGAGUUUAAGGAUGGGGGUUAGGGAAAUACAGUACCAAUGAGUACUAAUGUGCCAUAUAAACUUGUAUUUCCUGUAUUUCUAUAUUUCAUUGUGUAGUUACAAAAUAACAAGUAGUAACAAUGGCUAUGUGACAGAAAAUGUUAUUGAAGUAUUAUUUUAAAAAUUCAACUAGAAGACCAUUCAUUUUAUUAAUGUAAAUCUGUACAAUCUUUUAGAUGAAUUGAUUAGUGCAGACCUUACCUUUGCAGUUACCUUUGUCCCAUGGUGUUAAUUAAAACCAAAAGCAAAAAUAUCCAGUUGUUAAAGAUGUUAAAAUGGUAAGGAACGUUGCAAAGUAUUGCGUAUACUGGAUUGUUGUGUUUUGGCAGUACAUUCCAUGACUGUAGGUAUACAUAUUUCAGCAGAACACUGUAAAAAAGGCUUGUUUUCUUCGUCAGAGGUUUGCUGUACCAAAGAAAUCAAUAAUGUCUGUUUCCCUAAUUUAUUAGUUAUCAAAUAUGUAUAUAUUAGAUAACAAAUGCACUUAUUGUAGCAUUAACACAUAAGUGUAUUUUAUGAUUGUCCCUUUAUCUGCACACUCCAGUAGAUGAAAAAGAAUAAGUUACAUAUUGUUGUGAUGCUUUGUAGAUAUACUGCAACUAGUUAGCAUGUUUGAGCACAAUAGAAUAGGAUGGUAGAUGUUACAUUUUUGUGGGGCGAUAUCAUUUCCUUAAAAUGUCCAAAAUGCAGGGGAGUAUCAGUUCACCAUCAGUGCUCAAGGUCAUUUUACAUUCUCUUGUAUUUAAAUGGAAAAAGAACACCCUGAUCUUGGCAGGCAAAUGGUUUGCUAUGAAAUACCUUGGAGUUUUCUUUUGGACCAGUGCUUUCACAGCUUAAUAUCAACCUUAAAAAUUAAAUGUUUCUUU